AUGGCGGAGACUCUCUCAGGCCUAGGCGAUUCAGCAGGCGCUGUGGCUCUGAGCUCCGCCUCCUCUGAGAUCGGGACACAGCGCCUCAGUGACCUGCUGGUGCGGGUGAUCGAUCUGCGGGCGGAGCUGAAGAAACGGAACCUGGACUCCAGCGGCAACAAGAGCAUUCUGAUGGAGAGCCAGAAGACAAUUGAAGAUGAAGGGGGUCAUCCUGAUGAAAUUGAAAUUACCUCUGAAGGAAACAAGAAGACAUCAAAAAGAUCUAGCAAAGGACGUAAACCAGAAGAAGGUGUGUUAGAUGAUGGGCUGGAGGAAAAUUCUGGGGCUGGACAGGAGGAUGUUGAAGCCAGUUUGGAGAACUUGCAGGACAUUGACACGAUGGAUAUCAACGUGUUAGAUGAAGCAGAAAUCAAUAAUGGAAGUGUUGCAGAUUGUGUGGAAGAUGAUGAUGCUGAUAAUCUCCCAGAGUCUCUGUCUGAUAGUAGAGAGCUAGAGGGAGAAAUGAAAGAGCUUCCUGGGCAACUUCAAGAGCAUGCUCUAGAGGAAAGAGAAACUAUAAAUAACUUAGAUACUUCAUCAUCUGACUUCACUAUGUUACAGGAAAUUGAAGAGCCAUCCUUGGAGCCAGAAAAUGAGAAAAUACUCGACAUUUUGGGGGAAACUUGUAAAGCUGAGCCAGUAAAAGAAGGUUCCAAGCUGGAGCAGCCAUUUGCACAGGAUACUGCCAGAAGCCGUAGCAUGGGGCCAGACAGAAAGCUUGCGGAGGAAGAGGACCUUUUGGGCAGCGGCCACCCGGAGGAGGGUGAUUUAGAUUUGGCCAGCGAGUCAACAGCACAAGCUCAGUGGAGCGAGACAGACACCCUGUUAGCGGUAGUGAAAAGGGAGCCCAUGGAGCAGACAGGCAGUGACGAGAGGAUGGACUGUGAACCUGUAGGGCCAAAGGAGCCAGUUGAGCAGAGUAGUAAAGUCUCAAAGUGCACAGAAGCCUCUAGCCAGGAGGUCGCAGAAGCACCACAGGAAGCCUCAAGCCCAGAUCCCAGAGAUAGCAAAGAAGAUGUGAAGAAGUUUGCUUUUGAAGCUUGUAAUGAAGUCCCUCCGGCUCCUAAGGAGUCCUCAGCCAGUGAGGGCGCUGAUCAGAAAACGAGUUCUGUCGAAGAUGACUCGGAUACAAAACGGCUUUCCAAAGAGGACAAAGAUCUUAGCAGUUGUAGAAAUUUUUGGGUUAGUGGACUUUCUUCCACCACCAGAGCUACAGAUUUGAAGAAUCUUUUCAGCAAAUAUGGAAAGGUGGUGGGUGCCAAGGUUGUGACAAAUGCUCGGAGUCCUGGAGCUCGCUGCUACGGCUGUGUGACAAUGUCCACAGCGGAAGAGGCCACAGAAGGCAUUCACCUCCUGCACAAGACUGGGCUCCACGGGAAGAUGAUCUCAGUGGAAAAGGCAAAAACUGAGCCUGCUGGAAAGAAAACCUCUGACAAAAGAGAAGGUGAAGGGAAAACAGAGAAGUCCAGCACCCGCGACAGAUCAGCAAACCUUAAAAGGGGAGAUAAAGCUGACAGAAAAGAUGCUAAAAAGGGUGAAGAUGAAAGUGGAGAAAAGAGUAAAGAUCCAGGUGAUCAGAAACCUGGCCCUUCAGAGCGAUCUCGAACCACAAAAUCAGGUAGUCGAGGAACCGAGCGGACUGUAGUAAUGGAUAAAUCUAAAGGUGUGCUUGUUAUUAGUUUCAAAAUAUCGGGAUCCAAAGAGAGAGUUUCUAAGAGCCAGGAUCGCAAAUCAGCCAGCAGAGAGACGCGGUCUGUUGUGUCCUUUGAAAGAGUCAAAAAGCCUCGGAAAUCAAGAGACUCUGAGUCCCGCAGGUUGGGUGAGCGCAGUGAGCGGGAGCAGCGCAUGCAGGCACUGUGGGAGCAGGAGGCGCGGGAGCAGCUGGAGUAUGCCCGAGAGAGGCUGGCCUUCCAUCGGCACCGCCUGGGGCGGUUUCCCUAUGAGCAGGAACAGCGGCCUGCUGUGCGGAGGCCCUAUGAUGUGGAUGGCUGGCGAGAGGAUGCCUAUUGGCCCGAAGCCAAGAGAGCUGCCCUGGAUGAGCGUUACCAUUCUGACUUCAGGCGCUAUGACCACAGAGACCGGGGCCGCUACCCUGACCACUCAGUAGACAGGAGAGAAGGUUCAAGGUCAAUGAUGGGACAAAGAGGAGGACAGCAUUAUCCUGAGCGCCACGGAGGACCAGAGUGCCAUGGACGGGACUCCCACGACAGGUGGGGCGGAUAUGACUCUGACAAGAGGAUGAGCGAGGGCCUGGGACUGCCUCCUCCAACCAGGCAUGACUGGGGGGACCACGGCCGAAGAAUUGAGGAUGACGGUGCAUGGCAGGGCGCUACUGAUGGAGGCAUGCUAGACAGGGACCACACGAGGCGGCGAGGUGGUGAGAGAAGCAUGCCUGGUCACUCUGGGCGAGGUCACAUAAUGAACAGGGGAAGGAUGUCAGGGCGUGGCAGCUUUACCCCAGCUGGGGCCUCUCGGGGUCACGUGAUCCACGUGCAAGGUGCAUUUGCUGGCCAGAACCGGGGCAGCCGACCCAAUGACGCUGGCUUCACUCGCCGCUACUAAGUGCUUGGAAAUCCUGUGUUCCGUCACGUGGCAACCAGAGUAUGUUCUUUUAGGAGUUAUCUUAAACUAUGUACAAUAUCUUUUUUUUUUUUAAUCUGCUGCCAUAUUGUAGCUCGAUACAAUGUGAAUUUGUUUUUUGGUGGGGUUUUUUUGUAAUAAAUGUGUUUCUGUUCACAAAAAAA